UUUAUCUAUUAGGCGUUGCGCAUGUCCUGCGACGAGCGUUCCAGUGCAGAAGAAGACCACAGUUGUCCACACCGACGGCAAAAAAUGAAUGCUGCAGAGCAGAGGCCUCUUCUCAAUUCAUCUCGUCACCGACAGUCAUCGACUAGCUCAACCGGCGACAACGAUCCGUCUCUGAUGAAUUAUUACCCAGAAGAUCCGGAAUUCUCGAUCAUCGUUCGCACAGCCGAGGCAGCCAUAGAUAACGAGGUCUAUCCCGAGAUUAUCAGCCAAGGAUCGAGUGGCAGCUACUUCGUGAAGAAAAUGAAUGGGAACAUUGUUGCUGUUUUUAAGCCAAGGAAUGAAGAACCGUAUGCUAUUAUGAAUCCUAAAUGGACAAAAUGGUUGCAGAGAAAGUGUUGUCCGUGUUGCUUUGGAAGAGGAUGUUUACUAAGGAAUGUUGGAUAUUUGUCAGAAGCAGGAGCCAGUAUAGUAGAUACACAUCUUGAGUUGGGAAUAGUUCCAAAAACUAGGGUUGUGUGGCUUGCUGCUGAAACAUUUCACUACUCAGCAUUAGAAAGAGCUGAGAGGAAGACAAAGGAACAACUUAUAAACCGGUUUCCCGAAAAAUUAGGAAAACGACUGAAAGGUGGUCUUCCACCAAAGGUGGGAUCUUUUCAAUUAUUUGUGAAAGGGUAUUCAUCUGCCAGUGAUAUGCUGCGGAAGUUUGAAGAGAGUCCUUUACCAGGAACAGUAAAUGAGCAAUUCCAGAAAGAGUUUGAGAAACUAGUAAUUUUGGACUACAUUAUUCGUAAUACAGACAGAGGACAUGAUAACUGGUUGAUCAAGUAUGACAUUGCUGAUCUUGGCUCAGUUGACUCAGACAAACAAAGCUCUCAAGACGUUGAUACUGCAGAAAACUCUAAUCGGUUGAAAGAUGACAAAGAAGAUGAUGUUGAGGGGAUUGAAGAGUGGAGUGUUGUACAUCAUGGAGAAGUGAAGAUAGCUGCUAUAGACAAUGGCUUGGCGUUUCCAUUCAAACAUCCAGAUGAGUGGAGAGCUUAUCCAUAUCAUUGGGCAUGGACUCCAAUGGCAAAAAAGUCUUUCUCGGAAGAUAGUGUCAAUUUAGUUUUGCCGAAGUUGUCAGAUGAAGAGUUUGUUGAAAGCUUAGUUGGUGACAUUUAUCAACUUUUCAAGACAGAUAAGAAUUUCACUACGUCAUCAUUUGACAAUCAAAUGUCUGUAAUGAGAGGACAGAUUGCAAACCUGAAGAGAGCACUGUUGGAAAGAAUGAGUCCAUGGGACCUUGUCCGACUUCCUCUAGUGACUAUAGACAUAAAGCAGCAUGACCCCGGUACUGUAGGUUGGAGAAACAAACGACGUUCAUUUAUUCAAUCAAUUCAAAAGAAAGCGCCGUUUUUUUCUUGUUGUUAAGAUUUGCU